CGACAGCACCGCCCACGCCCCAUACCCAAGCCGCCAUCGCCAGCGCAUCUGUGCUCCGUGUGCUUCUAUUUAUUAAUCUCUUUCAUCGCUCUCUUUCGGCAUUUUCGGCGUUAGGAGAUACCCACGAGCCGACUGAUCGCGAGGCGCAACCUGCAACCACCUCCACAUCGCACCCCAGUCGAACACAUCCAAGAUGGCAAUCUGGGACGUCCUUACCGGCAAGAAGUCGACCGCGACAGACUCGCAAUCGCCGCAGGAACCACACGACAACUUCGCUGCAUCGCCAUCAGCGCCCGCACCCUUCGACCCCAGCACCGCCAUCCAGAACCCCUCAGAUUUCAUCCUCGACCCGUCGCAAUUACACCCUCUUGCCGGUCUGAAUCAAGACACCCUCGACUACCUCUCCCUCGAAGACUCGGCGCCCGCAGACCACUCCGCACUUCCCAGCCGCGGCUGGUCAGACGACCUCUGCUACGGCACUGGUGUCAGCUACCUGACUGCGCUCACGAUCGGUGGCGCGUGGGGUCUGUCCGAGGGUCUGCAGAAGAACCCGGCUUCGAUGCCACCUAGGUUGCGCGUGAACGGUGUCCUGAACGCCGUCACAAGACGAGGACCUUUCCUGGGUAACAGCGCCGGUGUCAUCGCCUUGAUCUACAACGGCACAAACAGCACAAUUGGCGCUCUGCGCGGCAAGCACGACCCUACCAACAGUGUUGUUGCUGGUGCGAUUUCUGGCGCCAUCUUCAAGAGCACACGGGGCACACGGCCAAUGGCUAUCAGCGCGGGCAUCUGCGCAACCGUAGCAGGAGGCUGGGCUAUCACACGAAAGGUUUUCUUCGAGCCCGCCCCCGCUGACGUGUAAAUGACAACGACAACGACCACCGCCGCAAAUCACCACAGACCGAGACAACGGUCUGAUUCUUUUCACUUCGACAUUCGACCUUUUUGCAUCGCUUUUGCUCGAUUCGGCGCCCUUCUCACCACUCUCCACGCGGGCUCUGCCUACUGUACAAUACUUGUGUCAACGGUGGAGUACAUGUUCACUACAUGUCUACUUAGAUAAGAACGGGUGGUAUUCAGCUUCUUGUGUUCAAGAGCAUGUGUUGGCGUGUAUUGUGUAUCUAUGUAAGACCUAUGGACGGCGCAAAAUAAUGCAUAUUGAAACCAGUCAAAAACAACACAAUGUCCCAGAUCUAGGUACUUGCAAAUAACCUAAGAAGUUGUAGAACAAAGUCGGAUUGCACUCCUGAACGGAUAGAAAAGCAGGUUUCGAUGGUUUGCUACAACGCCAGCCCACCGGCUCUGCUUUACCACACGAG